AUGACCGGCUGCGGCAGUGGAGUGGCCGCCGGAAUUCUAAAGGGUGAAAGAGAAAGAGUGUUUUUGUUUGUUAGAUGUCACAAACAUAAACUUUCAUCUAGUACUUUUAAACCAACAACCCCAUCUCCCAUCCAAACUCACCGUAAUGUAGCCACUGGCUACGCGAUUGCACUAAUGGACGUGACAUUAUGUAGUAAGACGUUACAUGUUAUUCAUAAAGAUGUGAAAAGAUUGUUGAAGUGGUUGCAAGUUAAUGAGAUGUUGAAAGGUGUGAUGAAUGAUGCUAAUUUGGAUGAGGGUGUGAAAGGUAGAGUGAUUAUGGAGGUGAUCGAGAAGGCGAAAUUACGGAAGCAAGUUGUGGCAAUGGUUAAGAUGUUGGUUAAUAAGAAUAAGUCUAGAUUGGUUCAGCAAGUGAUGGUUGCGUUUCAAAGAAUUCAUUUUGAGCUCAAUACCAGUAGCAAUUCAAGGAUGAUGGCUGUUUAA